GCCACGGCAACUUCAGGAGACUCUCCCAAGCACAUCCACCGACCAUUCCCGCAUUCGCGUCAUGCCAGACAUCCAGUCUGCCACGGCGUUGCCGUCGCCUCCGUCCAAGGAGACCAACACAGUCGUGGCCUUGCUCUCGACGAAAGAUCUGCUGGCUGACCGAUCCUUCAUGGACGGGUUGAAGAUCAACCGAAACACUAUUCGACAAUCUCUCAGCAUGGCCGCCAAGUGGCGCAACGUCGGAUACAAUCCAUUUCAUCUGGAUGCAGAUGGCUAUACGGCACUUCACCGUGCUGCUGGCAAAGGCGACGAUGCACUCGUAAAAGCGCUGCUGUCUACUUACAAAGGUGACCUCAUCGACUUCGCAUCCCUUGCUUCAUCCAAGCAAGGACAAACGGCCUUCCAUCUCGCGUGCAAGGGAGGGCAUUUCUCGACUGCAAAAGUACUCCUCGCCGCCGGAAAGAGCUUAUUGUCUUGUGUCGAUCGCCAUGGCAACACUCCGUUGCAUUUUGCUGCUACAUCCUGUGUGCCACAAGCACUGGCGCUUCUCGAAUGGCUCAUCAGUCACACACCUCGAAGCUACCUCUUCAGGGCAAACAACCACGGCCUCAGUCCUGUCGCUGCUCACGUUGCUGUGACGACCACCGACUCGACAGCAAUACUUCGCCUCUUCCUCGAGCGCGGGUUAGACCCGAAUGCCAUGAUCCGCGGCGAAAACACGCUGUUGCAUGUGUGCGUCGAGCGCAAGUUAUUCAACAUGGCCGGGUGUCUGGUGGAAUUCGGAGCUUCCCUCAAUAUCCCCGACACUCGCGGCAUCCUCGUGACGGACUUGUUGCCUGACUGUCAAUUGGCUGCCGUCGUCAAGUACGCCGCCGGCCCGCAGGACUGGGUCACCCUCAUACGCAAAAAGUGCAUGUCGUGCACGACGAAAUUUCACCUCUUUCGUCGCCGCCACCACUGCCGUCUCUGUGGCCGCGUCCUAUGUGGCGCAUGCACGAGAAGCAAGCGAUCGCUGAACGAUGACGUUGGGGUCAAGGUGCGCGUGUGCCACAUUUGUGUGACCGUGCCGCGGAACAAGACCAAAAAUGGCAGCAUGACAUCGACUAACAGUGACGGGCCGUCCACUGCUAUCACGAUGUAUUUAUAAUCCUUCCCCAUGAAUAUUAAGUUAUCGUACUUCCGUGGGGCACGACACCCUCCCCC